AUGGCAGAUUGGCUAAAAAUUCGUGGAACCCUGCGAAAAUGGAAUCGCUAUUACUGCGUUUUAAAACCUGGUUUAUUGCUUAUUUAUAAAAGCAACAAAAUUGACAAGCAUGGUUAUUGGAUUGGUACGGUUUUAUUGAACAAUUGUGAGCUAAUUGAGCGCCCAUCAAAAAAAGAUGGCUUUUGCUUCAAGCUCUUUCAUCUGAUGGACCAAAGUAUUUGGGGUUCACGAGAGCCACUGGGUGAAAACCACGGUGCCGUUACACUGCAGCCAAUAACAACAACCUAUCUGAUUUGCAGGGCACCAUCCGAACAGGCAGGUGGCUGCUGGAUGGACGCUUUGCAGUUAACUCUUCACUGCAGCGGUUUGCUAAUGAGAACAAUGCGUAAACUUUCUGCUAGUGAAAAAAAAGGAGCCACCGAAGAAGAGGAACAGAAGUUGCCAGAUACAGCGAUAUAUACUGAUGCUACUGAAAGUGUUCAAGAAUUUAAUGAAGUUGAAGCGGAAAAGCAUUUUGAUGGUAAGAUCUUUCUUUCGCUGUCCUUUAGUCCUGGUAAUUAAUU